CUUCAAGGACGGUGGCCUUGUGGGUAACUUGUGACCAUAGAUAUAUAUACAUAUAUAUACGUAUAUAUAUAUCUAUGACUUGUGAGGGUGUGACGUGUACAUCAGUGUGUGUAUGGAGGGAAUACAGAGUGGUGAUAGUCAAAAGAAUUAAGUGUCUAAAUAAGCUCAGGGCUGCGGUUAAACCUCAUUAUGAGGCCAUGUUUGUUGUAACUUAAGUGAAGGGCAUCUGAACGCCUCGCCGUCCUUCCCUCCACAGAGUGGUCCGGGCCGCUAGAAGCUAGCUACCAGCUAGCUACUAGCUAAGAACGAGCCAUGGUAAUCUAAUGUUAAUGAGCCAGCUGAAUUUCAAUGGUAUACGAGCGUAUCGAUUACUUAUACUGGAGUCACGUGAUACGUUAUAGCCUUCCUCGUUAGUAUAGUGGACAGUAUCUCCGCCUGUCACGCGGAAGACCGGGGUUCGAUUCCCCGACGGGGAGUUCUUUUGGUUUUCUUCACUAUGGUCAUAAUUCACAUUUUGCUGUGCUAAAAUACUGACGAAAAUUUUGUAUUGAGCGAAUCUCUUUGUGUCGUCGUGACCAGCGUUAUUUCUAUGAUAGGUUUACAACCCUUAAACAUCUUGAUACAUAGUUAAGGGUGUACAUUUGUAUAACUCCGUACACAAACACCUGUAGCAGAGACAAAUAAGAGAGAAGGAAAGACAGAAAAAGAGAAAGAAAAUUAAAGAAAGACAGCAAAAAAGCAGGCAAAGGAAAAAAAGCAAGAAAGAGGACACUCAAGAAAGAAAGAAGGCAAGAAAGACAGACAAAGAAAAAAAAUAUGAAAGAAAGAAAUAACAGACUCAAAAAAAGGCAAAGAAGACAGAAAGCAAGAAGGAAAGAAAUAAAGAAGAGAGAAAGACAGAGCAAGAAAGUCAGAAAAAGAGAGAGGAAAGAAAGAAAGAUAGAUAGAUAGAAAGAAAACAAGAAAGAAAUAAUAUUAAUAAAAACAAUAGGACUCCAGCAGUGAGUGUCGCUGUUUGAACCCCUUAUAAUCAUUAGUCUGAUGGUCAGGUGGACACUGUGUCUCUUACAGCACUAGAGGGAGUCAGCAUGUUCAUCUGUCUUCAUGGUGCAUUUAGGGGCCGUCAAAAUGGGUUGGAAUUACCAGAGAAGCAAAUGGCCCAAGAACUUGACAGAGCUGAACAAGUCUUAGGCCUAUAGUGUCAGAAAAGCAGCAAUAAUAAUUUACUUUUAUUAUAUGAUUGUAAAUCUGGUGUCAAUAAUUAGAAGGCCUGCUGUAUCUUCAUUCGUCACUUACCUAAUCCAAACUUGAUUUUUUGCCUUGAUAGCUGUCAUGUAGGAUGUUUGCCUUAUUAAUUGCCCACUUCAAACUAUUAAGAAAUACAUUGCACAAGAUGUAUUUCAAGCAGGGUCCAAUUCGGUGUGAUUUCCAACCUCAGAGUACUUGAAUGCACCGUCAAGUUGAGUAACCCAGAAGACGGAGCCUGUGAGUGGGUCUUGAAUGCAGCAUGAGACUCUGGCAGAGCGGCAGACUUGAGAGUUGCAAACAGUCGGUGCAGGAUGGUGUGAACUUCAGUGAGGACCUUGAACCCAACAUUUCUCUGACUUUGCUAUUACAAAUCUCGUUUAUCUUACCUGGCUUAGAACUAACAUCUGGUGCGUGAACGCAGCAUUUGUUUUACCUGCUGAGUUUUUUCAUUAUCAUUGAUUUUUAUGUGAGUGUCGGUGUGACAGUGAGAGCCGGUUUGACUCAGACAUGGCUGAGGUACCGCCACCACAGGCACAGCCGGUCGAAAUAGACCCGGAAUUUGAGCCUCUCUCCCGCCCGCGGUCCUGCACCUGGCCGCUGCAACGACCGGAGAUCAUCGACCCGGCCAGCUCCAACACAUCCUCCCCGGCCCCGUCGGUGCAGCAGGAGCCGGGAGGCAACACCGAGUUCAUCAGCAACCUUGGCUUGUUGGAGGAGGACUACGAGGAGUACGCAGAGCAGAAACCGCCUGUGCCCUGCAAUGAUUAUCAGCCCCACCACCAUCACCAUCACCGUCUUCAGCAGCUCCCGGGUCCCCAGCUGCCGCCUCAGCAACAGGUGCCUCCUCCUCCUCCUCCGGGUGUCGCACCCUUGGGCAGCUCCGCGCAGAGGAAGAGCAGCUCGUCCCGUCGUAACGCCUGGGGGAACAUGUCGUACGCUGACCUGAUUACCAAGGCCAUAGACAGCUCACCUGAGAAGAGGCUGACACUGUCACAGAUUUAUGACUGGAUGGUGAAGAGUGUGCCUUACUUCAAGGAUAAAGGGGACAGUAACAGCUCCGCGGGCUGGAAGAACUCCAUCCGACACAACCUGUCCCUGCACAGUCGCUUUGUGCGCAUACAAAACGAGGGAACGGGAAAAAGCUCCUGGUGGAUGCUGAACCCGGAGGGUGGAAAGAGCGGAAAGUCACCUCGCCGCAGAGCUGCCUCCAUGGACAACAACAGUAAGUUCGCCAAGAGCAGAGGAAGGGCCACAAAGAAAAAGAUGGCUCUGCAGGAAGGGGUUGAAGGAGGAGCAGGCAGCCCUGGUUCCCAGUACUCUAACUGGCUGGGAAGCCCAAACUCCCACAGUAACGAGGACUUUGAAGCCUGGAGCUCCUUUAGGACGCGCACCAGCUCUGACGCCAGCACCCUUAGUGGCUGCCAUUCACCUUUCCCCUCUGAGCAGGAUGACCUGGGGGAGUCUGAUGGCCACAUGAUGUACCCCGGAGCGCCGGGAACCAAGAUAACCUCCACCCUGCCUAGUCUGUCUGAGGUAGCUGGAUCAAUGGGCCAGCAUGGCUCAGAGAACGUCAUGGAGAGUCUGCUGGAUAACUUGAACCUGCUGUCUCCCAAACCCCCCCAGCUGGGCUCUGACUCCUCACAUUCAUCAAAUACUGCCAUGCUUCAGAGUGGCCCCUACAGCUCCACUGGCUUGACCCCGCACCAACAGAAGGACUACCGUAAGUGCAUGUACAGCCAGGUGAGGAUGAACUCCCUGUCCCCUGCCCUCAUGCAGACACUUCCAGAGACUAAGCCGGGCUUUGGGGCUUAUGAGAACCAGUAUAUCUGCCCGGCUGGCCUCCUCAAAGAGCUGUUGACCUCAGACGCAGAGGCCAGUAGGGACACACAGGUGUCUCGGGUGGGGAGGGGGGGUUGCCUAAUGCCCACUUACAGCCGGCAGAGUCACAUGGGGGGUCAUAAUGGGGUAAAAAUGAUGAAUCCUCCUCAGAGUCACACAGUUCCUCAUGUAAAUCCACAAGCUAUUCAUAGCCAGGGUCCCUCAGCCUCACAAGACUUGAAUAGCUGUAACAUGAUCCCCCUGACUAGUCUGACUAGUCUUUCAGGGGCCCCUCCUCGAAUGACCAGCCUGAGGACAUGCAUGCAGCUGCCCCGUGGACACCCAGCACACACUAACGCUGUUUCGGCAAGCUACGGCAGCAACAAUGGCUACAGGGAACUGAACUCUGUUCACCCGCAUAGUCACCACCAGGAGCGGCUGCCCAGCGAUCUGGACAACGUGUCCAUCGAGAGGUUUGAAUGCGACAUGGAGACUGUCCUCCAUGACACCCUCAUGGAUGGCGGGGCGCUGGACUUUAACUUUGACCCAGCAGCUGGGCCUCAUGGGUUUCCUCAGAGGGUGAAGACGACCACACAUAACUGGGUGUCCGGCUAGGACGCAUGGUGGAUCACAAACAGGUUUUUCUCAGCAUCACGCCACUGCUCACCUUCAUUCAGAGGCUGGAAAAUGUAAAUCCAUAGAAGCCACCUGAGCAUCUGACCCAGUUAUUUUCAAAGAUGUGCACGUCUCAAGUGUCAGCUCCAUGUGUAGCAAUACAUAUUACUUUAUAUUCAAUAGAGUAAACAAAAUAAGUUCAGACCCGGACACUGAAAUAAGACACAACAGCCAAAUUUUCAUUCUUAACAGCAGUGAACAUGCUUGUAAAGAUAGCUCUGCAGAGAGAAUAUGAAUAAGACAAGCCCAUAGUCGUAGAUUUCAGGGUGGACACGUCCCCCUCAACAUUUAGAACAUGUGCAUUUGUCCCCUUCCCCACCAAAUAAACACAUGACAGCAGCAGAUGACUUUUAUUGUGACAAAAUGUAAAUGAAAGACAUUUUCACAUUAAAGUAAACAUUAAUCAAAAGGCAGGAAAUUAAGUGUUUGACGCUCUAAAUAUCCUGGUGAAGAGCCCCAUCCCCUUGUUUCAUAUGUCUGUCCCCCAGAGAACAAGCCAUCAUUAACACACUAGCCUUGUUUACAAUGGCCUUUCAAAAACUGGAAUUACGUGUUUAUUUUUGCUGAUUCGUGUUCAUAUAAAGAUACAGCUAAGUAUGCAGAAGUCAUAACACAGUAUCAGAGUGCCUGUCAAAAAAAAAAAAAGCUUUGAGAAAUUUCUAAAAAUGUAUGAGUUGUGGCCAGUCUGACAUCGAGCCAACACUGCAUAAUCACCUUUUGUUUGAAAGCAGUAAACAGGCACAGCUGAGCAUAGCUGUGGGACUUCAAAUUGCAGUGGGGACACAACAACUCAGUUAUAAGUUAAGGUUUGACUACAAACUGCUCUGUAGAUCAGUGGUUCCCAACUGGUGGGUCGUGGGUCCAUUCUGAAUGGACCACAAGUGACUUGUAAACGAGUCAAGUUUGUACGAAACGCACCUUAUUUUAAAGUACAGUGAAUUUCCAGCACAGAGCUUUUAUUUUGAAGCGCUGUUUCCUGCUGCAGAGUGAGUGACUAACGGACAGCUACUUGACAGAGACAGCAAACUAGCUUGACGACAUGGCCAUACACAAGUAUAAAGCUGAAUAUAUUAAAUUGUGUGGACCUUGAACUAAUGACUAAGGUGAAAUCUGGACCCUGUGGUUGGACCAGUUGGGAACCACUGCUGUAGAUAACGAAAGAAGUUUUAAAACCAGUUAUAUACUUGCUACCAUCCAGUGAAAGGGGCCAGUUUGGGGGCCAACAUGGCAGUUAGAUAUCAGUAUGGAUAAAUAUUUCCAUUUUUGAGUUAACUCAUUGGGGGCUAUUUGGUCAAGUUUAAUGUGAAAAUGGCAGGACUUGAUAGUACAUUAGAGUGGACCAAAAACCUGCUAAAUCUGAUGUUCUAAAUGGUCUGAUCAGUACCAAGAAUUUUAGUUUUUAAGGGUUUCAUUUUAGCAUCCAGCCCUUAAAGGAAAAUAAUUACAAACGCGUUAAGCUAGUGAGCUCUUUCGGCUUAAAUGCUAGAUAAACCUGCGUAUCAUCUGCAUAGUGAUACACAUUAACUGUAUUAAAACAGUGACUUAUAAUGACACAGGGGAAAUGUACGGUGAGAACAGGAUAUGUCCUGAAAUAUAUCUUUGGACAACACAUAGCAGAUAAUAAAAAACUAACACCAAAAAUAUUCUCCUUGGUGUACACACAGAUUUAAUGUAUAUAGACAGAUGUCGUGGUACAGUGUUGUCAAACAUCAGCCAUAUUUCCUCACCAACAGAUGUCAUUAGAGGCAGUGAGACAAGCUGCAUCUCUGACUAAAAUGAAUUAAUCAUUCAUAUACUGUAUGAAGGUAUUUAUUUAUGUUUUUUAUUGUAAUUGUUGGAUUCUUGCUUUGUACUUUGGAUGCUUGUAAAAAAUAUAUGAGUGCCUAUGCUGUGUACAACAUAUGCUGUAUUUUAGUUACAUUAUAUUGUUAUGCUGUUUUUCUCAUUACAUCAAACUAAUAUUGAAGGAAAUUUAAGAUACAUCAGAGACAUUUCCUUCUGACAGUUCACUGAAUGUCCAUAUCAGUUUAUGUAGAGAAGUGCACUGUGUGAAUGCUCCUUGUUACAUUGAUGGUGUUUUAAUGCAAUACUUAAGAGUUGUUUAAAAAGUGUAGGUGUUUUGAAACACCUAUCAACAAAAAUGCUCCUCAACAUUGUAUUUUGCCUUUUUGGAUUCAAUGUUGUUGUCAGGGGAAAACUUUCUAAAUUAAGUCGAGGACCACUUGAACCUUUGUGAGUUUAGGAAAUUCAACAGUGCUCAAAGUUAUGAAAAACAUUUCAAAAUUGCAUGUGGAUAAAGUGAAAGCAUAGAUGACGUUCUGAAAUUCUAUAAUGUAUAUAUAUUUUAGAGAAUUUGGAGAUUUUCACAAGACUUAAAUGGAUAGUUUGGAUUUUUUUAAGUGGGGUUGUAGGAGGCACUUAUUCAUAGUCUGUGUAUUACAUACAGUAGAUGUCUGUUGGUAUGCCCCCCGUUUGGAGACGCCUCAGGAGUGACAACACGGAAACUAAGCAAUGAUGGAGGCAGCAGCAAAACAUAUAUUUGUCACCUAAGAUAGUGUUCCAACUAAUAAAAUCUAUAACAGUUUAAGUUUAUGCUAUAUUAAUGAUAUUUCUAACCACUUUACCUCACCAUCAGAGAGUUCCCAAACUAUACUCUAGCCACCAGACUCCAUUGACAAAAACAGUAAUUUUAGCUUGCUAAACACAGGAGCUGCUGAUCUACCACUCCCUUGAUCAGAUAGUUAAUUUGUGUUUGUGUGUGACUUUGGUGAAUCCAAACUAACCCUUGUAAACACCAAAGUCAACAAUAAUACAAACAAAAUAACUGAUCAAGGCAGCGGUAGACCAGCAGAUCCUGUGUUUAGCAGUGGUAAAUUACAGUUUUUUUCAAUGGAGUCUGGCUUUGAAGAGAGUGAUAUAACGGCUUUAUUUCUCUUCCUCUGUCCAAUGAUGAGGUUAAGCAGCGAAUAUAUUCUUAAUAUAGCACACACAUAAACUGAUAUAGGUGUUUUUAGGUAGCUAAAGCAUGUUUGGUUGCUGACUCCUCCACUGCAGUACAUUGCUGAGCUUCCAUUUUGGACUGCUUCUCCAAACUGUGGGCGUGCCGACUGACAUCUACUGUAUGGAACACACUUACUAUACAUAAGCACCUCAUACAACCCCACUUCAAAGAUCUGAACUAUCCCUUUAAGAUAUGUGAUACAGUGGGAGAGUCAGCAGGUGGAGGAGCUGAUGACAAAACUGACUGGAAAUAGACGAUGGUCUCCAAAGUUUAGCUGACACAGCACAGAAUUUUCUUUGCUAUUUACCUCCCAGCAGCUACAGUUUUUAUGCACCAAAGAGCCGUCUACUCUACCAAACACAUUUCAAAGGAAGUGUGCCAAUUCACUGUGCCUACAUGGUCUCACAGACUUAUAAUGAUGUACAUAUUACUUUCUAGUAGUACAUAUUUUGUAUAUGAUGGGUUUAAAUUAAUUGUUAGGAUUAUACUGAAGUAUUAUACUGUUUGUAUGAUGGUGUUAGACAUGGUUGUUUACAUAACUCAGUCCAAAUCAUAUCAAUAAAUAUAUGAACACUCAUACCUCAAAAUGUUUUACCUCUGAAGGGUUGAAGGGAUUUUUCCUGCCAUUUUCCUCAGUGAGUAAUGUAAUGAAUUUGUCUUCUUUUUUGACAUAGUUUUGUACAUUUUGUUUGUUUGUUUUCUUUUCGUGUAUUUGAUUAAUGCUGUUUGGACCUGUUCAGAGUGACGCACCGUCUGCCUUUGUAUUUUUAAUGUUUUCUUGUGCUUGAGGAUUAUAGCCAUUAGUCUCUAGUAAAUAUUUGUGACAGCACAGUAAAGAAUUUUAAAUUAAACGUGUAUUUGUGUGAAAUUCUACAUUUUGAAAGAUUAAAAAAUAUGAAUUCGUCUGUUUAGACCAAACUCAAGGACGGGAGUUCAGUAAACAGAAUUGAAUUAUACCUUGUAAUAAAGCAACUACUUCUGUAAUUAUGAAAGCAAAAAUUAAUGUGUGAUGGGAGCAUUUUAAUAAUGGGUUAAACUGUUUAAGCUUAAAGAAGCGCUUUAGUCUGUUAACUUUCAUUUAAAUAAAAGACAGUAUAAUGCAGUUUUUAUAUGUAUAAUCUUUGACA